AUGCAUUUCUCUAACUUGCUUCCCACUUUGGGAGGUCUUGUGGCCGUUGCCCAAGCCUCUCCUCACCUUUUGCCCGGUGUCGGUCUUGGUCUUGGUGUCGAUGUUUCCCUCGGCGGCAAGGGAGCUGGAAUCGAGGCUGGAGUCUCCCUGGGUUCUACCAAGGAGACUGUCGCUGACCUUCCCAAGAAGGUCACUGCUGACCCUCUGAACGCUACCAAGCAGUCCAGCGCCAACGGUGUUUCUACCUGCCCUCUCGCCCACAGCUGGGAGGACCACACCCUUUUCCAGGGUGUCGCCGCCCCUGCUUCCGCUUCUGGCGCUGCCAUCAAGCUUGGCAUUAACCUUCCCAAGGCUCAGAUCCAGGGUGAUGCUACCCUUGAGCUUGUCAAGGGUUUCCUCCAGGAGCCUCGCGUCCGCAUCGGUCUUGGUGGAGUCAAGGCUUACGUCGAGGUUGACGUUUCUGCCUCUGCUGCUGUCCAGGAGUCCAUUGAGCUCUUUGCUUCCCCUGCUCUUGAGAUCGAGGUCCCCGGUCUCCUUGAGGCCGAGGCUGGCGCUGCUAUCGCCCUUGACCUUGUCGUCGGUGUUGAUGCUGCUAUCGAUCUUUCCGCUGGUGUCUACCUUGCUUUCGGCGAGGAAGCUUUCGUCGAGGUCUCUCUCCUCACCAAGGACAUUGUCGACGUUUCCCUCGAGGGACUUGUCGCCAAGGCCCUUCCCAUCGGUGUCGCUGCUGAGGUCGAUCUUUCCGCCGCUGUCAACCUCCAGCUUGGUCUCCGUCUCCGAACCGAAAUCGACCUUGAGGCCGAGCUCGACAUCCCCGUUCUCGACAUCGAAGCCGGUGCCAAGGUCGCCAUCUGGGUCAGCCUUUUCGAGUACACUGCCGCUCUUGUCGCCACUGACAACUGCGUUGUUUCCGUCGACGAGGUCAUUGCUCUUACUCUUGGUCUCGCUGUCGAUCUCAACGUUGAGAUUGGUGACAUCCUCGAACUCAACCUUGCUCCUACUCUGACCGUCGAGCUUGCUACUGCUGCCAAGGCCAAGGUCUGCAUGCCCAACCGUGGCUCUACCGGUUCUUUCAUCGAGCAGGCUGGCCAGGACGGCGACAAGUCUCACACCCGAGUCAUCUCUCUCGCUACCGUCCCCGCUGGAUCUGAGGCUACUCCUCAGGGUUACGCUACCCCUAACGCCUCUGGCAACUCUGCUGACCCCAAGGCUACUGGUGGUAACCCUCUGUACGGAUCUGCUGCCAAGCCCGUCACCACUGCUCCUGCUGUCAUCGCCACUCCCGCCCACGGUAACGGUACCUACGGCGAUGUCACCCGCACUAUCAAGUCUACCAAGGUCUACACUAUCACAAGCUGUGCUGCCUCUGUCAUCAACUGCCCUGCUCGUUACACCCAGAAGGUCGUUACCUCUACCAUCAUUGAGAGCACCUACGUUUGCCCUGCGACUGAGACCGGUGCUGUCCCUGCCAUGACCACAUCUGCUCACACUGCUCCUGUGCCUGUCACCACCAUCACCGACACCCUCACCACCAUCGUCCCCUGCAAGACUCGCACCACCAAGACCUUCCAGCCUCCCACCAACUCUCCUCCUGCUCCCACCGUCACCAUCGUCGAGAGCACCACCUACUGCCCCGAGACUGGCAAGUCCACCCAGACUGGUGGCUCCGAGCUUCCCCACGUUACCACUGGUGUUCCCAGCAAGGAGGUUCCUAACCCCCCUGCUCCUACCACUGAGGCCAACGAGAAGCCUACCCACUCAGCUCCUACUCCUGAGAAGCCCACUGGUGACAAGCCCGUUCUCCCUCCUGUCGCCACUGUCCCUUACCCUCCUCACGGUAACGGAACUGUCCCUACUCCUACUCCUGUGGUUCCUGUUGUCCCUAGCUCCUAUGUCCCUCCUGUUGUCAGCACCCCUGUUGCCCAGCCCCCUCACUCUGUUGUUCCUCCUCCCGUCUACGCUCCUCCUUCUGAGAUUCCCCCUGUGGCCUCUCACCCAGUUAGCCAACCCCCGGCUGUUGUUCCUCCCCCUGCUGCUGGAACUCCUCCCGCCACUGCCCCCACCCCUGUCCCUGUCAGCGGUGGUAGCGUCGUCCGAACUGGCCUUAUGCUGGCUGUCCCCGCAGUCAUCGCUGUCUUUAUGUAG